UUUUGCUGGCAGUACUAUAAAUUUUGUUAGUUGACAAGGUAUAUCUUUGUAUUUCAUUUUAACAUUAUACAACGAAAAAUAUCAUCGACUGUAGAAGAAUCGAUAUUUCAUUCUAUUCCUAUAAGCGUGGCUAGACAAAGCGUUAAAAGAAAAAUGAGCAGCUCUGAGGAAGUCUCUUGGGUUACCUGGUUUUGCGGAUUGCGCGGCAAUGAGUUUUUUUGUGAAGUUGAUGAAGAUUACAUUCAAGAUAAAUUUAAUUUGACUGGCUUAAAUGAGCAAGUGCCAAAUUAUCGGCAAGCCCUUGAUAUGAUUCUCGAUUUAGAACCAGAGGAUGAACUUGAAGAUAAUGCGGUACAAUCAGAUAUGACAGAACAAGCAGCAGAAAUGCUUUAUGGAUUAAUUCAUGCUCGUUACAUCCUUACAAAUCGUGGGAUUGCACAAAUGAUCGAAAAAUAUCAAACUGGUGAUUUUGGUCAUUGUCCACGAGUAUAUUGUGAAAGCCAGCCUAUGUUGCCAUUGGGUCUUUCUGAUAUACCAGGUGAAGCUAUGGUUAAAACAUAUUGCCCAAAAUGUAUUGAUGUUUACACUCCAAAAUCAUCACGCCAUCAUCAUACAGAUGGUGCAUAUUUCGGCACAGGAUUUCCUCAUAUGCUUUUUAUGGUUCAUCCUGAAUAUCGUCCUAAGCGUCCUACUAAUCAGUUUGUUCCAAGAUUAUACGGCUUUAAGAUUCAUAGUUUAGCCUAUCAAAUUCAGUUGCAAGCAGCCGCUAACUUUAAGAUGCCACUUAGAGCGAAGAGUUCAGAUUUGAAUACAUAUAUGUUUUCAAAAAGAGUACCUUUAAAUUAAUAAUCACUACGCAUCAAUUAACCUACUCGAGCAACGAAGAUAUACUCCAGCAUAUUGCUCUCGUAUUUUCGUAUAUAUUUAU